CUCUGUGAAUACCUCAGCCUGUAGAAGGGCCACAACCGAAGAAACAAGCUGUUUUCGUUUCUUUUCUUCUUCUUUUUCAGAUCGCACCGCGGUGCUGUUGCCAGCUCAACCAUGCAAAGGAAACAUACCAAAGGAAUUUCUGUUGUCUGCUCCUACAGGUGUCCCUCUGCUCCCCCACACACCUGUCCCUCCAUCCCUGUCCUCACUGUCCUCCCCUCUGCUGUAUGAGGACACUCUGGCCGUGCAUGUCUUUACCAGUGUCUCUGAAUAUCUCAUAAUAAUGAUUCCUUUGAGUUCUGCAAUGAGACGGGUACCUGAGAAACCUCUGGCACCUGUGGCACCUGUGGUACCUGUGGCACCUGUGGCACCUCUGGUACCUGUGGCACCUGUGGCACCUCUGGUACCUGUGGCACCUCUGGUACCUGUGGCACCUCUGGUACCUGUGGCACCUGUGGUACCUGUGGCACCUGUGGCACCUCUGGUACCUGUGGCACCUGUGGUACCUGUGGCACCUGUGGCACCUCUGGUACCUGUGGCACCUGUGGCACCCCUGGUACCUGUGGCACCUCUGGCACCUGUGGCACCUCCGGUACCUGUGGCACCUGUGGCACCUGUGGCACCUCCGGUACCUGUGGCACCUGUGGUCUCUCUCAUUGUUUUCAAACUGAAGGAUUCUUUCAUUUCAACGUAUCUGUUGUUUUUUUGUGUUGUUGGCAGAAGUGUUCUGCUCCAACAUACCAACGUUCAUUAUGUCCUCUUCUUAGACAUUUAUGAAGAUUCUUUUUGCUCCAGACAUGGAAGGUCGUGUUGGGAGUUCUUAUUUACCUGACGUUUAGACCGACGACCGCGGUCUUCAUCAGAAGUGUAGCUGGUGCGACGCAUCUUAUCAGUGGAAGAGCACCAGCGACACUUCUGAUGAAGACCGCGGUCGUCGGUCUAAACGUGUCAGGUAAAUAAGAACUCCCAACACGACCUUCCAUGUCUGGAGCAAAAGAAUCUUCAUAAAUGUUCUGCUUCAAGUCACAGAGGAGAACUUUCAGGGUUGAUGUGAGAAACUGAAGGGAUGGAGUGAGAACCUUGGGUUCUGCCUGUAUUCUGAUGGUAAUCGAUUACUUUUACAGGGUAAAACCAACAGCUGUGAUGUUGUGUUCAGUGUUUCUAUUUUACCUAUGUCUGUGAUGUGAUUUUAAUUUUAUUGCAUUUGUAUUAAUUUAUGCAUUUGUAGAAACUCUAGAUUUGUACAUAGAAGGUUUUUGGAGAGAAACCAAAGAGUCCGAUUGUGUUACAGCCUUACUUUUCCUGCUCCAACUCACAAAGGAGCUGUUUCCUGACGCUCUUCUGUGAGUCCUGGCCGGCGUUUCUGUCUGUUGUGAACACUGCCACUCAUCCACACGGGUGAUUUGCUGCACCUGCAAACUUAAACAGGAGCUACUUUGUUGAACCAGCUGGCAAAAAGCAGUGUGAACGUGUGUUUUUGUAAUCCUGUCGUUUCUGUUACUUUAUGGGUAUUGCUGCACAUCCAAAGACUUUUAAAACAAACCAAAAAUACUAAGUUGGAGAAAAAUAUGUAUAAAGUUUUGAAUAAGCACUGGCAUUUGUGAGGUGGACGUGUUGAGUUUUUACUGGCCGGUGGCACAGGUGCAGACCGUAGGAGGCUGUAGGCAAGCUCAA